AAUCAGACGUGUCGGCGUUGGCGAAUUUUAAAAACACUCAGUAGCUCGUUAUAGUAACACAGUGAAACCUAAACAAAUUUGCUUUAUUUAUUUAUUUACCAAAAUUUACGCCAGAAUAUUGAUUAUUUCGAAAUUUUCGUUUAUAAUUUUCUUUAUUCUCAUUAAAUUCAAAAGUGGAGGAUAAAAAAAUUUUAUUCAAAUUCCCUCAUCAUCAAUUGACGAGUGAUUGAUAUCAACAAACAAGUGUCUCUUUAUAAUCAAACUCAACAAAUUUUUUAUCCUCAACAUUUGCCAAUAGAAGAAUAUUUUAAUAACAAAUAUGGCAGUACCAACAGUGGGUAUAAGAAUGGCAGAUAUGCUAACAACACCAGUGACAUCAAUUCUUCUACCAAAUAUCUCCUAUACACCGAGUGCAGAAUUUUUUGAAACUGAAGUCUGCAUUUCAAAUGGUUUUGAUUUAUUGAAUUUUUUGGAUAUUCAAGGUUCAAAUAAUUUAUCAUCGAAUAAUCAAGAGCAUGGGAAAAAAUUUGGUUUAACUGAUUCAGAAAAAGAGGAAAUAAUACGUGUAUUAUGGAAAAUAGAAUCAUCAUUCACUGGAUCAUCGUCAAUUGAAGAUAGAGAUAUGUUUAUGGUGGCAAUUAAUAAUGCCGUGGCAAUGACAAAGAAAUAUUUUUCAAAAAUGACACCAAACGAUAGAGAAGAGAUAUUCGAUAAAAUAACAGGCAUUAAAAAUAUUUGCUCACAUCGAAUGAAACUGAGAAUUGCUCAAACUGAAGCUCAAAUUAUUUCAAUAAGAAAUGAAAUUGAAUCGAAAUCAACGCGCUUUGCAAAUAUUUGCUCGAGAUCGUUGAAAAUUUGUCAAAUGAUUUUUAGCAUUUUUGGUUUCUUUUUCCUCAAGCUCUCAACUGAGCCUUCAGAUUAUGAAACUACAACUUUUUACAAUAUAACCAGUAUGCUUGGAUUUGCUCUAUCCGCAUGUUUCUUAAUGAUUUCAAUACCGAGCAAUAUUAAUGAACUUGAUCCCACUGUCUGCUCAAUUGAUACCAUUUUUUGUAUAUUAUGGACAAUUUUAACAUGCAUCUCCACUUCUUUAUUACUAUGGCACAUGGAAGUGAAAAAAAAUGGCCCCUCUAUUGCUGUGAUUUUUGGAUUUAUUGCAAUGGGAUGUUAUGUAGGAAAUGCGCUUGUUUUAAUUCGAACGUGUUAUAAGAGAUGAUAAAUAAAAAAAAAAUGAAAAAACUUUUUUUUUUUAAAUUUCAAAUAAAUAAAAAUUUCUAACAUAAAA